CUCGGACAAGUGUGAGUCAUCACCUAGACCCCUGAUUGGCUUUGACAUGGGAGGAACUUCCACUGAUGUGAGUCGUUACGCUGGUUCUCUGGAACAUGUGUUCGAGUGCACCACUGCUGGAGUGACUAUCCAGGCACCCCAGCUGGACGUGAACACGGUGGCUGCAGGAGGAGGCUCCAGACUAUUCUUCCGGUCGGGAUUGUUCACUGUGGGACCAGAAUCUGCCGGCGCACAUCCUGGACCAACUUGCUAUCGCAAGGGGGGUCCUCUGACUAUAACUGAUGCGAAUUUGGUGCUGAAUAGACUGGACCCGCAGUACUUUCCCAAGAUAUUCGGACCCAACUGCGACGAGCCUCUGAGCCGAGACGCGAGUGUGGAAGCAUUCGUGAAACUUACUGAGGAGAUUAACUCCCAGAUAGCCCCACAGGUGUUGACAAUGGAGCAGGUGGCGCUCGGCUUCGUCAAAGUUGCAAAUGAGGCCAUGUGUAGACCCAUCAGGGCUCUCACUCAAGGUAAGGGCUACGACACAAGCAAACACGUGCUGGCCUGUUUCGGGGGAGCUGGCGGACAACAUGCCUGUGCCAUAGCUCAAUCCCUUGGCAUGGACCAGAUAGUGGUGCACAAGUAUGCUGGCAUCCUCUCCGCAUUCGGAAUGGCCAUGGCUGAUGUUGUCGUGGAGUCACAGCAGCCGAUGAAUGUUGCAUACGACGCUUACAGUUUCGAGCAACUCAAGUCGAGUUUCGAGUCUCAGAUUAGAGAAAAGGCGAUACCCAAACUCAAAUCACAAGGAUUUGCAAGCAGCAAUAUAGAAGUCGAAUUGUACCUCAAUUUGAGAUACGACAAAACAGACUGCAGUCUUAUGGUUCCCGCUUUCGACAAAUCAGUUUUGACUGAGAAAAUUCGAAUCACCACUGAACUAUUGAGUUCGUUCAAAGAAAAGUUUGCUAUAAAGUACAAGUCAGAUUUUGGGUUUUCGUUACCAGACAGGGAAGUAAUCGUAGACGAUGUUCGAAUUCGUGCAAUUGGGAAAACUCGAUUGGCUGACGAAACUAGCCAAUCAGGAGUCGUGAAAAAUAAAACCUCAGAAUUGAACGUUCAAAAGACCUUAGAUUGUCAUUUUAAAGAAGGAUGUCUAACCACGAGUGUUAUUUUCAUCGAUGACAUUCCAUUUCAUAAAGAAAUCACUGGACCAACUGUUAUAAUUGAUAAAUUAAAUACGAUUCUAGUCGAGCCUAAUUGCUCGGCUAUUUUGGACGAGUCGGGCAAUGUUGUGAUAAACGUUAAGAAGGAAACAUCGACCGAAGAUUAUUUGAAACGAGAUUUGAACAAAGUCGAUUUCGUGGAACUGUCAAUAUUUUCGCAUAGAUUCAUGAGCAUAGCGGAACAAAUGGGCCGUGUGUUGCAGAAAACGGCAAUUUCUACGAAUAUAAAAGAGAGACUGGAUUUCUCGUGUGCGAUGUUCGGCCCAGACGGAGGAUUAGUUGCCAAUGCACCACAUAUACCAGUGCAUCUGGGGGCGAUGCAGGAGACUGUGAAGUACCAGAUGGAAGCACUGAAGGGUGAUUUGUAUGAGGGGGAUGUGAUACUGACCAACCACCCCCUGUGUGGAGGCAGCCACCUCCCAGACCUCACUGUCAUCACACCUGUGUUCUCCCCCAAUCAACCAGCUGAGGGGGGCGAAGAGAGUGGCAAAGGAGGAAGAUCCAAUGGGCAGCCAGUGUUCUUCGUCGCAUCCAGGGGUCAUCACGCGGACAUAGGUGGAAUAACCCCUGGCUCCAUGCCCCCCUUCUCCACCCAACUGGCGGAAGAGGGGGCUGUGUUUGAGACAUUCAAAGUAGUUGAAAGAGGAAAGUUUCAAGAAGAAGCACUCGUCCGCAAACUGGAGGAACCGGCGAAUAAGGUUGUCGGCUCCAGUGCGUCACGAAACAUACGAGAUAACAUUGCGGAUCUGAAGGCCCAGAUAGCGGCUAACAACAAGGGAAUUGGACUCAUCAAAGAUUUGAUUAACGAGUACAGUUUGGAGGUGGUACAGGCGUACAUGGAGCAUAUAAGGUCAAAUGCUGAAGUGGCAGUGAGAAAUGUCCUAAAAGAGCUACACGCGCGGACGGGUGGCAAACCGCUGACAUGUAGUGACAAGUUGGACAGUGGAGCGACGAUACAAGUGUCCAUUGACAUCAACGGACAAGAUGGCAGUGCCACGAUUGACUUCGAAGGGACCUCGCCUGAACUGCACGGGAACCAGUGUGCUCCGAGGGCUGUCUGCAUGUCCGCUCUCAUAUAUUGUCUCAGGUCGCUGGUCAAGUAUGACAUCCCCUUGAACCAGGGCUGUCUGCAGCCAGUUGCAGUCCAUAUUCCCCCUCGCUGUCUGCUGGACCCUGGACCCAACACAGCUGUAGUGGGUGGGAAUGUGACUACUUCCCAGCGCAUAGUGGACGUAGUGUUGCGGGCAUUCGAGGCAUGUGCCGACUCACAGGGCUGCAUGAACAAUGUGACCUUCGGCAACAGUGGUUUCGGCUACUACGAGACAGUGGCGGGAGGGGCGGGGGCUGGACCCACCUGGGAGGGCAGAGGGGGCAUCCACACUCACAUGACAAACACCCGCAUCACUGACCCGGAGGUGCUGGAGAAGUACUACCCUGUCAUACUCGAAGCUUUCCACCUCAGAGCCGACAACUCGGGCGGUGGAGGUCAAUUCAAGGGAGGCGAGGGUGUCAUCAGACGAAUGAAGUUCCGAGAGCCAAUCACGCUGUCGUUACUCACCGAACGACGAGUUCUGGAGCCGAAGGGACUCGCGGGCGGUGGGAAUGCAAAAUGCGGCGAAAACAUUUUGAUUCGGAGCGACAGUUCGAUGCUGUUUUUGGGACCAAAAACCUCAGUAGAGGUCAAACCCAGAGAAACUUUGUUGCUGAAAACUCCAGGCGGAGGAGGUUACGGCGAACUAAACUGUCGUGAAAAUCGUCACGUGAACGAAAAAAUCGAUGAAAAGUUAACAGAAUAUAAAAAUUCUCUGGUGAACUCAAAGGGAAGUGUGAAUGAAUACAAACUUAUACAAGAAUCGGCAUGAACAAUCUAAAUUAUUAUUUAAGUAGUAGAAUUUGAAUAUAUGCAGUUAAAUUCCAAUUCAUGGAUUUCAUACUGUCUAAGAGUCGAUGAACGUCCGAACCUUAAAAAAAAAUUUCCCGGCUUAGUUUAAUUUCAUUUUCUUUUUGAUGAGGAAGGCAAACUCCACAAUCGAGCAGCAAGUGUUGAG